AAAAGGAGGCAGAAGUUGCAGGGAGGGAGGGAGGGAGGGAGAGGCUGCCAAGGCAAAGGAGCAAUAGCAGCAGCAACAGGCGAGAUGAGCCCUUGGGAGCUUUGCUGGGCGAGGAGACCUUCUUCCCAAAGGACCCCGAGAGCCCCCUGAUCGCUGGGAAAAGAUGGGCCAGACCUCCGUCUCCACUCUUUCGGAGCAGGCCAGUGUUGAUGGGAUUGACAAGGCAUCAGUUGCAACCUCAGAUGGACCAGCCCCAGGUUCCCGGACUCCUCCUUUCAAGAGGAAGGGCAAACUUUCUACUAUUGGCAAAAUCUUCAAACCGUGGAAAUGGCGGAAAAAGAAGACAAGUGAAAAAUUUAUUGAAACAUCAGCAGUGCUGGAAAGAAAGAUAUCAACAAGACAGAGUAGAGAAGAGCUGAUAAGGAGAGGUGUCCUGAAGGAAAUAAGUGAACAAGAUGGAGAUGUAACAGUAAAUUAUGAAACCUCUAAUGGCCACACAAUAGUAAUCACUGAAGAAGCCAUACAGGAAGAAAAUGUCAUAAAGACCCCAGAAGACAAAAGCUCCAAACUGGGAAAAGUAUCAGUUCCAGAGGAGAGAAAAGAGGAUAAGAAAGAGAAAUCUAAAGGUCCUGAAAUAUCAGCACCCCGUCCUCCACCACCACCUCCUCCUCCUCCUCCUCCUAAAUCUAAGCCUAAAGCUAAAAAAUCAACUGUACCGCCAAAAAAUGCUACUGCUGCUACCACUAGCCAUAAGACUAAUGAAGUGUCACAUGCUAAAAAAAGAGGCAAAGCUCCUGCUAAGCAGGCUUCUACCCUUCCUUCCAAAACAGCAAGCCGUAGUGUAAAUCGAGAAGCUGCUAGUUCCUCUAAUUUUAAAAAAGUGCAUGUUUCAAAGUCGUCAACUCCUUCUUCCACAUCGUCCCGGCCUAAAACCUCCAAAGAGCCAGUGUCAAGUAAAACAGGCACAGGGACAUCCAGAGACAAGAAGAAGCAUGGAAAACAGGUGACCAUGCGAACUCCUACAGAUGAGGACAUUUCUUUAGCCUCAAGCAUGAAAGCGGAAAACUCAGAAACAAAGGUGAAAGACUCUAAGCCAGAAGAGCCUCUUCAUGUUAUUCCUGAAGCUGGGGACACAACACAACAGACCACAGCUGUUGUUCCUCCCCCUCCUCCUGCUGUUCCACCUCCUCUUCCUCCAUCCAUCCCAUCUCGCUCUUCAGGCUCUCAGCCCACUAGUUUCUCAGACGCACAAAAUGUGCCAGUUAGCACUGAAACAGGCCCGUCUGUUCCUGGCACAGAUUCUAAUGAUCUCGAUACAAAAACUGAAGCAGACAGUGAAAGCUCUCCCAGCAAUGCUGUCUUAGACAAUAGCCUUGGGGGAGAAGACACAGGAUGUUCUGUUACCAAAGAAGACCAGGAAGAAGAGAAUCCUAACCAAGCAAGUUCUGAUCCAACAGAUGAGUCAUCCGAAGCCCUGAACACUCCUGAAAGUGAAAGCAGCAAAGAGAAUCACACCAGUGACUCAGAUUCCGAUGGGCCUAUACUCUACACAGAUGAUGAUGAUGAUGAUGAUGAUGAUGAUGCACAUACUGAAAGUUCGCUAGCAAGCAAAAUACGUCGUAGAGAUACUCUUGCAAUCAAACUUGGCAACAGGCCAUCAAAAAAAGAACUGGAAGACAAAAAUAUCUUGCCAAGAGCAUCUGAAGAAGAGAGGCAGGAAAUCAGACAUCAGAUUGGCACAAAACUAGUGAGGAGGCUUAGCCAAAGACCUACCUCUGAAGAACUAGAACAAAGAAACAUCCUGAAGCAAAAAAAUGAAGAAGAAGAACAAGAAGCCAAAAGAGAACUGAGGCGCAGUCUCAGCAGAAAGCUCAGUUUGAGGCCAACAGUGGCUGAACUUCAGGCAAGAAGAAUUCUACGUUUCAAUGAGUAUGUGGAAGUAACAGACUCUCCAGAUUAUGAUCGUCGUGCUGACAAGCCCUGGGCAAGAUUAACACCUGCAGACAAGGCAGCAAUACGGAAAGAAUUAAAUGAAUUUAAAAGCACAGAAAUGGAAGUACAUGAAGAGAGUCGACAGUUUACAAGGUUUCACCGUCCAUAAUUGUUUGCAAAUAUCCUGUAGUCUGGACAAAGAGUUCCUUCCUGGAAAAGCACAGUACCCUGAAGACCUGAAAGUGCGUUGCAACUGAAGUGUCUGCAGCGGUAUAAUCAGAAAUCAUUGAAUAAUGUGACCUUCACGUUAAAAAAAGUGAGAGAUGACUAAGAGAAUCCCCAAGAGUGGCCAUAAAAUAGAGAAAAUAUAUUACAAGCAUCUAUUUCAGAGUAAAUGAUACUGUGGGUCCUCCCUCCCCCCGCCCCUUGUUAGCACUUGGCCAGAGAGGAGAUAAUUGUUGAUAGGAAAUAAUAAAAUAUUUUCAAAUAGAGUGGAAGCAGGCAGUGCUCAUGUUUUGCUUGUCAGCCCAAAAAAGUAUGUUAAUGCAAAAUUAUUAGCAUUCUUCAUGGAAGUAAUUUAAUGUUGUAUAUGGAUAUUAGAUAAAUUAUUUAAAGUCAGAUCCAGGAUUGUGAGCAAGUCUUUGUGUGCUCUUCCAGAAUCCUCACCUUUCUGUAGCCUGGUGGAAAGCAAUUUGAGUUUUCAGAAACAGCCCAUACAGUUCAGUCAUUUAAUGUAGUGCCAGUACAACCGCUUUGAAUCUCAUUUUGGGAGAAAGGUGGGGCAUAAAUCCAGUACAGUAAAUAAAAAUAUAAAUUAAUCCUAACACCAUUGUUAUUUUUACAAAUUAUGACUGCCAUACUUUAGUAACAUACUCUGAGACAACAGUCUCAAACAGAGCUAAACUCAUGUGAGGUGCAGAGAUUCCAGGAGAAUUUCCAAGCAUGUAACUAUGCACAAAUUGUAACGCAGAUUUUUUUAAAAUUAAGAUAAUGAAAACUAUGGAUCCUGCAUAAUUGCAUUUCAGUUUUUAAGCUAUGUUUCGGAACAAAGAUAUGUGAGACAAUAAGAAUAUGGUAAAAUGAUAAAAGCAUAUCCCUUUUUUCUUUUCUUCUUUUUUGGUAGCUUGAACUACAUUAAACAUAUCCUUGGGUUAGGUUAAAUAAUGUAAGGUCUAGAGGCUGAAUCUCACAUGCGUACCAAGGCUCCACCUUUACAUAACCCUGUACUACUAUGUGCCAACACACCAGUAAUUGGCUGUUUUGGAGCAGAGAAGGGCAUGGCGGGAGCAGUUUUUCAAUAGAAAAAGCACUGGUGUAGGGGCAUUACACUUCCUAUAGGACUUGGGGCAAAACUAUUACAAACCAGAUCCUUCCUUUUGUGAGUAUUGCAUAAGCACAUAGAGGAGGGCUCCCAAAGAACACAACAAAUUCUCUUUCCUCCACUUCCAUUCCCCCAGGCACCACACCAGGACAAUCUGGGGAAUGGGAGGCCUCUGAGCAUCUCCUACCUACAUCUUUGUCCAUCCUAUUCUCUCCACUUAGUCAAGGCUUUUUUUCUUUCUUUCUUGUAAGAGACUGAUGCACAGAAUACCCAGGUGCCAAGAGAGAAGGGGGGGAAACCAGAGAUCUCAUACACUACCUUGUAGUGUGUAGGCUGUAUGCCUAUAUGGGGAAGAAUCAUGCCAUAUGUUUAUCUGUAUUAUCCUCACAAAGGGCCUUGGAGACUACAGAAAGGCCUUGGAGACUGUAUUUGUUGUAUGUGAAUAAUGCGGAGCAAAUUGUCUACUUUUAUACUAUGUUUUAAUUGUAUUUGUGAAAACAUGAUACAUUUAAAUAGUAUAAAGUGGUGUGAAAGAUAGUAUGUGCUUUAUUAUGUGGGCCCUAAAUAUUGUGGCUUAUUAUAAGCCUAUGACAUUGUUUACACUAAAAAAUUGUCUUAUAUUGGCACUUAUUUAUCCUUUUAAUGUACAAGGUGAAACAUUUGGGCCUGAAAUACACAAGGACAUGUAUUGCAAUGUAUUGCAGUAUUACUAGAUAUAUAUAUACAUAUAUAUGCAUGUAUAUGUAUAUAUGCUCUAUUUAUCCUUUUAAAUGUAUGUACAUACUACAAUUUAUUUUUGUCCAUGUGCCCUGUUUAGUUCUUAAUUAUAAAAAGAUAUGUAUUUUUUUCAGGCAAUAAAUGGUCUCUCUGUGUGUGUUUUUUUU